GCACGCGCUUCUACACUGUAUGAGAGAGAGGAGCAGCGCACGCGAAAAGUUUUGCCUCACGGAUUAUUCAUGACAUUUCUCAGUUUGAUUGUGAAGGGAUUGCUGGAGGGACGCCAUGUUUAAGGCCGUGCUGAAGAAGAGCGGGAAAAACAGCAAGAAGGGCACAGGGGAUCCGUACCUGCUCAGUGCCCAGCGAAGGUGUCCUGGUGGUGGAGUGCAUGAUGCUAGCAGUGUCCUCCCGUACCCCCCGACAGAGGAAGGCCUCAGACUCAGUCUGUCUAAAGGUGUGUCCAUGUCUCUCCCCUCCUCCCCUCUCCUGCCCCGACAGACGUACGUGAUGGCUGCUCGUCCCUGCAAGAAAUCUCCAGGACUCGCUAGAAAGGCUAAAUAUGUGGAGAGUCCGCGUGUUCCUGGGGAUGCCAUCACAUCAUCGUUGAGGAAAGUGUCCGACACUGCAACCGAUAUGGCCGGUGCUGGCCCCUCCCCUGCCACUCAGGAGUUGAUGACACGCUUGGGGUUCUUACUGGGCGAAAGCAUCCCGGGAUCCACGCGCAUACCUAUGGAUGACAAGAAUGAAAAAAAGUGUGCAGUGAAUCAAGGGAUCAGUCCAUGUUCGACUCUGACCAGCAGCACAGCGUCACCAUGUACAAACAGCCCAUGUUCCACCUUAAACAGUAACAACAGUCGACCUGCAGUGAGUCACCGCAGCCCCUGUGGAACCAUCAUCAGCCCCAGCUCCACCCUCGAGAGCAAAGACAGCGGGAUUAUAGCCACUAUCACCAGUUCAUCAGAGAAUGACGACCGCAGCGGUUCCAGUCUGGAGUGGAGUAAAGAGGGCAGUAUAAGGAGUUGCGGUCAGUAUGCGCUUGCACAGACAUCUGCACGGGCAGACACGUGCUCUCCGGUGGCCGAGGAGGAAGCGUCAAAGUCUGGGGCAGAGGGCAGGGGAAGAACCAAGACGACUUCAGGAGCAGCAGGGCCAAUUACUGAGGGACCAGUGCACUAUCCCACACAGAACUCGUCCAGUCUUCUGAUGCCUCGACCGAACUCAGUUGCAGCGACGAGCUCCACUAAGCUGGAGGAUCUGAGCUAUCUUGAUGAACAGCGAAACACCCCCCUGCGGACGUCCAUCCGCCUGCCUUGGCACAACACCGGCAGCAGAGCUCCACACGUCAAAGCUCGCUUUGCUCCGUACAAGCCCACUGACAUCAUGCUCAAGCCGCUGCUGUUUGAGGUGCCCAGCAUCACCACUGACUCUGUGUUCGUGGGUCGUGAUUGGCUGUUCCAGCAGCUUGAGGAUGACCUGAGGUCCAACGAAUCAGGCGAGAGCUCUGGGGCCAUCCUCGUGGGCAAUGUGGGCUUUGGCAAAACCGCCAUCAUCUCCCGCCUGGUGGCCCUCAGUUGCCAUGGCGGCCGCAUGCGGCAGAUCGCAUCCAACAGCCCAAGCGCAUCUCCUAAAAGUGGGGAGCAGAGUUCAGAUUUGCCCUUGAGUCAACCGCCUCAGCCUAACCCUCCCCCGAGUGCCACCAACACCCUGAUAUCCAACAGCUGUCCCAGCACACCUGAGCUCCAGCGACGCCGCGAGGAGGCCGUCAAACGUCUGUCUGCGAAGGUGGUGGCGUAUCAUUAUUGUCAGGCUGAUAACACGUACACGUGUCUAGUUCCUGAGUUUGUGCACAGCAUUGCGGCUCUUCUGUGCCGAGCGCAUCAGCUCACCGCAUACCGCGAGCUGCUGCUGAAAGAUCCUCAUCUGCAGAGCAUGCUCAGUCUGCGCUCCUGCGUGCAAGACCCAUUGGCUGCCUUUCGCCGGGGCAUCCUCCAACCGCUCGCCAACCUACGCAAAGAGAGGAAGAUUCCAGAGGAAGAUUACAUCAUCUUGAUUGACGGGCUGAACGAGGCGGAGUUUCAUAAACCAGACUAUGGCGACACUAUUGCCUCCUUCGUUACCAAGAUCAAUCCCAAGUUCCCCAGCUGGCUCAAACUGAUCGUCACCGUGAGAACAAGUCUUUUGGAGAUCACCAGUCUGCUGCCCUUCUCCAAGAUCAGCCUGGAUGAAUUCCCAGACAGCAAAGAGAUCGGGACGGACCUGAACGCCUACAUACAGUACCACAUCAGCAGCAGCCAGAACAUUCUCAACAACAUUUCCCUGAACGGUAAAGCCGACCCCAUCAUCGUGGGCAAGGUCAGCUCCCAUCUGACCUCCCGAAGCCAGGGGUCAUACCUGUACCUAAAAUUGACCCUUGACCUCUUCGAGAAGGGUCAUCUGGUCAUUAAGAGCGCAAGCUACAAGGUGGUCCCCGUCUCUCUGUCAGAACUCUACCUGCUUCAGUGCAACAUGAAGUUUAUGAGCAACUCUGCGUUUGAACGCGCUAUGCCUGUCCUCAACGUGGCGCUGGCGUCUCUUCACCCCCUCACGGACGAGCAGCUGUUUCAGGCGCUGAACGCGGGCAGCGUGAGAGGAGAACUGGCGUGGGAGGACUUCCAGCAGAGAAUGGAGAUGCUGUCGUGUUUCCUGAUCAAACGGAGGGAUAAGACACGUAUGUUUUGCCACCCGUCUUUCAGAGAGUGGCUGGUGUGGCGGGGUGACGGAGAGAGCUCAGACUUCUUGUGUGACCCCAGGAGUGGUCAUGCCCUGAUUGCGUUCAUGUUGUCCAGGCAGGAAGGGAAGUUAAACAGGCAGCAGACUAUGGAGUUGGGCCACCACAUCCUAAAAGCGCACAUCUUUAAGGGUUUAAGUAAGAAGACCGGUGUGUCGUCCAGUGUUCUCCAGGCAUUAUGGAUCUGCUGCAGUACUGAUGGUUUAUCUGCUGCUCUGGCCUCCCUGAGAAACCUCUACACAUCCAAUGUCAAGGUGAGUCGUUUGCUGAUGCUGGGUGGGGCGAAUGUCAACUAUCGUACGGAGGUGUUGAACAACUCCCCAGUGCUCUGCGUCCAGUCUCACCUGGGUCAUCAGGAGAUGGUCUCCCUGCUGCUGGAGUUUGGGGCGAAUGUUGACGUGCUUUCAGAGAAUGGUAUGAGUUCACUCUGUUACGCAUCGGCUGCUGGGCAUCUGGAACUGGUCAGUCUGCUCUGUAAGAGAGGAGCCAAGGUGGAUCACGUGGACAAGAGUGGUCAGUGUGCAUUAGUGCAUGCGGCUCUGCGGGGUUAUCCUGAGGUCAUUACGUGUUUGCUGGAGUUGACCUGGAGUGAUGAAGGUCAUCAGAUGGAACUCAGCCUAAAGAACAAAGCACUGCAGCAGGGACUCAUAGCAGCCUGCAGUAUGGGACAUAUACAUGUGCUGGAAGGCUUGUUGACGUUGAAUAAUGAACUGACUGUACAGAUUGAUGCUCAUGACACGCUUUGGGGUGAAACAGCUCUUACAGCGGCGGCAGGACGGGGACAGAUGGAAGUGUGCAGCUUCCUGUUAGAGCAGGGGGUGCGGGUUCAGCAGGUGAACAGACGAGGAGCAUGUGCGCUCUUCUGCGCUGUGCGACAGGGACAUUGGCAGAUUGCAGAUCUGCUGUUGCAGCACGGUGCUGAUGUGAAUGUAAGUGACAAACAGGGUCGCACACUGUUGAUGGUUGCCGCGUGUGAAGGGCAUCUGAGCACCGCAGACUUCUUGCUGUCUAAAGGUGCCUCUUUAAUGUCGGUGGAUAAGGAGGGGUUAACUCCUCUCAGCUGGGCGUGUUUAAAAGGACACAAGAAUGUUGUUGAGUUUUUGGUGGAGAAGGGUGCGGUUAUUGACCACUCGGACAAGAAUGGACGUACUCCACUCGACCUGGCUGCUUUCUAUGGAGACGCAGACAUCGUGCAUUACCUGGUUGAGAAGGGAGCCGUGAUUGAACAUGUGGAUUACAGUGGCAUGAGACCUCUGGAUCGAGCCAUCGGCUGCAGAAACACAUCAGUGGUGUUGACCUUACUGAAGAAAGGAGCUAAACUAGGCUACAGAACGUCACCUUAUGAUCGAACAGGUAACGCUGCCUGGGCGAUGGCGACAUCCAAACCGGAUAUCCUGAUUAUCCUCCUACAGAAACUCAUGGAGGAAGGCAAUCUGCUUUAUAAAAGGGGUAAGAUGAAGGAAGCGGCUCAGCGGUAUCAGUAUGCAUUGAGGAAAUUUCCCAGAGAAGGUUUCGGUGAUGAGCUAAAGGCCUUUAAGGAGCUGCGAGUCUCUUUGUACCUCAAUCUCUCCCGCUGUCGCAGGAAAACCAAUGACUUUGGCAUGGCGGAGGAGUUUGCCACAAAGGCGCUGGAGCUCAAACCCAAAUCGUACGAGGCAUACUAUGCUAGAGCCAGAGCCAAACGGAGCAGCAGACAAUUUACUGCAGCAUUAGCAGACCUGCACGAGGCGACCAAACUCUGCCCUAACAAUCGCGAGAUCUGCCGUCUGCAGGCUCGUGUUGAGGAGGAGUGUAAACAGUUGCAGCGGACGCAGGGCAAACAGCAGGGGGCGCCAAACGCACCGACUGCCAACCGCGACUCGGAUCACGAACACGCCGAUCAAGAGGACGAUGAUUUGACAGAACACAGCCUGGGAAGGGAAAUCGGUGAGGAGGAGGAGCCAGGCUCUGAGGCAUGGCCUCGGAACAUCAUCUCACCUAAUCGGAGUGUGCCGGAUUCUAACGGCCGUUCAGUGUCACCCCCUCGCAGGCAAAGCCUUCGACAACAGAACAGAGAGCCCGUGGCUCAGAAGAGCUUGGUUCUGCAGCCCAGCAAGCAGGCCCAGAUCGUCAAAACCAACCAGCACCUUGGAUCUUUACAAGUAGGGUGUACACGACAAACAAGUACCAAGUCGCAGUACGCGCCCUCCAGUCCGAUCCCGAGUCGUCACAUAUCAAACGUGCUCAAAGCAGGGCCAGGCAUUGACAUCAGCCCUCUAUCGGCCAAUUGCGACGAUGCAGGACGCGCCUUAAUGGCAGCAAGUCACGAAAUCGAGGAUUUCCACCUUGCACACUCCUCCAAGACUCAAGAAAGAGUCUCUAGAGAGGCUCCAUUUGUAUCGUCCAUGGAGGGAAUGGUACUCUCCAUGGCCCCAGGAGUUCAAGGCCAGGACUCGAGGAUGGGGUCGCAGGCAACCAACAUGAAGGUUUCAAGCUCCACAAGUAGCCUUGCUUCAAGCAGUAGCUUAUCAGACAGCGGGAAAGCGCAUGGUCCAGAUGUACGUACCAAAACGGACACGGACAAGCCCAAGCUUAGCCAGGGAGGAUCCGUGGAAUACAAACCCAGACCGUUCAUGGGGAUUAUAGACAAGACGGCUCGAUUUCAACAACAGCAGCAGCAGAGUUACCCACCACCAGUGUCUCGCGGUUGGCAAAGUCAAUCCACUGAAGGUCUGGUCAGCCAUAGCAUGUCUUCGGCUGGUGUGAACUGCGAGCUUGCAUAUGGCAAACCGACCAGCGCUUACUACGAGCAACUUAAAACGCCCUCUCAGGCUUCUGCUUUGGGUAGCCUGCACAAUGGGAGCUUACAUUCGAAAGAGUUCAACGACAAGUUCUGCCAAGCAGCCUCUUGUCACAAAGAACCCAAGCCAGUUCUUGCCAUGGCACAUUCCUUCACAGACAGUAUGCCGAAGCAGCCCGGCUUGACUCGAGAGAACCCCACUAUUCCUGUAGCUUUAAUGAAACCAAAGAGAUCCUUUAUAGAGUCUAAUGUUUAGGGUGUAUUUCUAGGCAACCUCCGUUCCCCCUAAGGUAUUUACACUGAGGAUCUUUCAACUGGCAUCUCUAAUAUAUACAUUUCCAGUCAAAAGUUUGGACAGACCUACUCGUUUAUUUCUAAUUUCAACAUUUUAAAAAUAAAAGUCUCAAAACAACGAAAUAACACAAAUGGAAAUAUGUGAAUUUAUGCAGUUACUAUCUUAUAUUUUAUCAUCUUCAAAUUAGAAACCCUUUAUGCACAGUUCAUCACAAGCCCUUUUGACAUUUAUGCAUUUGGCAGAUGCUUUUAUCCAAAGCGACUUACAGUGCCCUUAUUAUAGGGACAAUCCCCCCGGAGCAACCUGGAGUUAAGUGCUCAAGAACACAAUGGUGGUGGCUGUGGGGAUCGAACCAGCGACCUUCUGAUUACAAGUUUACCAGUUAUGUGCUUUAGACCACUACACCACCACCACUAUAAAUAUUCUCACUAGUUAAAAUGCUAAUUUGAUAUAAUUUAUUAUAUUUGGAAACAUGUUCAUUUUUUUAUAUAAAAAAUGACAUCAUUACUCAUGGAAAUACCAAUUAUUGGUAUCACAAAUGGAAUUUCAACCAAUGUAUUCCAGAUUUUUGAUAUUUACAUUUAUUUCAACAUGUUAGAUUUGGUAUUUCCAAUACUAAAAAAUUGUAAAUAAUUAAAAAUAUCUUAAUAGGCUUUCUUACUAGAUACAAUUACAUUAUAGAUGUCUGAAAUUAACAUUACCACUAGUGAAGGUAUCAUGAACUAUCAAGAAUAGAAUAUUUACAGCAUUUAUUAAUCUUGGUUAUGGUUCAUGUAUGAAAAUACAAAAUGUUAACUAAGUUCAUAAUGCAUUGACUAAUAUUAAUGUGUACGUUUAAUAAUAAUAACAAAAAAGUAUAUGUUGGAAUUAACUUUAACCAAGUGCUGUAAAAGUAUUAUUGUUAGUUUAUGUUUACUAAUGCUACAUUGUUAUUGUGACAUCACCGCAAAGCUCAUGAGAACAUAAAUUCAGCCACGUGCGUCCAAACUUUUUACUGGUAUUAUACACCGUAUGUACAGAACAUUAAUUAUAUCCAGUAUUUUACUCCAGAUUAAUUCAAUAUAUUUGAUAGGAAAUUUAUACUCGAGUUCAAACUUCCGUUAAUUGGUCAAACCGGUGCAAUAAUCGGCCAAAUGACGAUAAUCUCAAAAUAACCAAGUAUCUGUCAACUAAUUGGCCUGGCAUGAUUUUACACAACAUUUACUCAAAAUACUUUAACAAGUCGUUAUUUGACAGGAAAUGUACACUCUGAAGUCAAGACUGAUGUUAAGCAGGUGGGAGAUUGGUUGAAGCCGAUCAUUUUAAAAUAAAGUAUUCGGCCGAUUAAUCGGUCUGGUCUAUCACUACUCCUAAAAGACCAUGUUUUCUUUAAGCAUUGAACAUGGAUAAUUAUUUAGGUUGGUUAGAUUUGUUUUUUUAACCCUUCGUCCAGGCUGCUCGCUCACUGUGUGUCAAACGAGAGAAAGUGCACUGAAUCACUGGAGGAACACGGCAAGGCCAUGACACGCCACUAACGACUAGUGAUCCACACAAGGGGUUAAUGUUGCAUUCCUCUGCUAGGAGAAAAAUCAGACCCUCCUACAAUGUAAAUAUUGUGUGUAUUUCCCAUCUUUUAUGUGAAGACCGUGUAUAUCUUCAAACAAUUAAGGUUACUAAAAAAACGUACCUGGUUUGUAUGUUUGUACAUUAUAUUUGAAUUGGCCCAACAAUGUUAAAAAGUCUGUCCCUGUUCCUGCUUCUGUCUAGAUUAAUUUAUUUACAGCGCCUCUGGCUUGGUAUCUGUAAAAGCAAGCAAUAUAUUUUAUAUAGUUAUUUUUGCACAGCUACUUUUAAAAGAAGUAUGAAAAUGGAUAUAUGAUUCACGAUGCCAAUACGCAACUAUGGAGGCUAUCUGGGUGUGUGCGCAUGCAACCGUUUAUAAGAUUUGGAGAACAUAUAUAAAGGUUUAACAUGUAUACAGGUGAUAAUAGGAACGAGAUUGGCAGCGAUUAUAUUUACAAAUAUAUAUAUUGCAAAUGUUGCCUUAUUGAGUUGUGUGAACUGUACAAUCUGUUACCACAUCCUGUAUCAAAAAUUUAUUUCUGCCGUGAUCUAUCAA